CUCUAAAAACAGUUCCAAAUUCCAAGCAAUUGAUUCAUCGUGGUAACAUUACCCAGGCUCUGCACUUAUCCAGAUAAAUUGUUCUGAUUUAUGGUUAUCAAGCAAAAUUCACUAUUCAGAGGGUGGGUGCCACAGAAAAAUGCCACCUAGCUAAAUACACAAACAAACCACACUAUCCAUCUAAGUAUCUAUCUACAUAUAUAAACCCCCUUCCUGAACCCACAAAUUAUACCUCUACUCCACAUAACAUUUGCUCUUCUUUUCACUUCACUGAGUUGUUGAACACUUAAUCAUCACUCACUUUCAUUCAUGUCCAUCACAGAAACAGAGGAAGCCCAUUCUCAUUCUCAAGCUGGAAAAGCAGAAAACAGUGCAGUUGCAUCGACGAAGCUGAAGAGUGAGUCCAGAAUGUUCCGCGGGGUGCGCAAACGCAGCUGGGGACGCUAUGUUUCCGAGAUAAGACUGCCGGGUCAGAAAACCAGGAUAUGGCUCGGCUCAUUCGCUUCGCCGGAAAUGGCCGCUCGGGCAUACGACUCCGCCGCCUUCUUCUUGAAAGGAGCCUCCGCCUACCUCAAUUUCCCCGAACUGGUUCACUCUCUGCCUCGCCCUCUCUCCUCAUCCCGGAGAGACAUUCAAUCCGCCGCCGCUAAAGCUGCCGCUCUCCGCCUCCCCUGUUCUUCUUCGAAAACAGAGCAUCACGAUUCCAUGGAGAAGAAGACGGAAGAGUGUUGGUGGGAGGAGUUGGGACAACAUGAUCCCACGACGUCGUCGUUUCAUGAUGCUCCUCUUAUGAGCCCUCUCUCCACCUUUGGAGAUUUCACAUGGAAUGAUUUAGUGUUUAAUUUCAAUGAUGAGUAUGAUGGCAUUCUCACAUCAACUCUUUUUUAGUUUAGUUUCCUCUGCAUUCUCCCCAAAUUAGCUGUAAAAAGUUAUGUGUAUAAACAUCACUCUGCUCUUUUCUUUUGCAUUCUAUCUAGUUUCUCUCAACAAAUGUACUUCUCUAAACUGAACUUGCAUCUAAACAACCACUGUAUAAAAUCACAAGUUUUAAGUUGAA